CGUUACUAAAUUAGACUAAAAAGGUUAAUAACAAUUGUUAUAUCAUUAACAAUACCUUACCAUCCCCGUUUACUUGCUAGCUAUUUCAAUCUCUUUCAAAAUAUUUGGUAAUGAUAGCAACUAAUAAUUAUUAAUUAUCUUACUAGAUGUUAUUAAUACCUUCCUUGUAAGACAUUGAUUACACUUAUAUACACCUAUUAAUAAUGAUACAAACUAGGUUACUAAUGUAGACUAAAAGGUUAACAACAAUAGUUAUAUCAUUACAAUACCUUAGCACCCCCUGUUGCUCACUAUUUUAGCCUUUAUUAAAGUUUCUUAAAUAAUUUGGGGUUAUUAACAAGAUCACUAUUAAUGAGAACGUGUUGUUUCUCAACGGAUAAUAUCUAUAAUCACUAUACCGACUUCAUACCUCUCACAAGAAUAUUAUUAAUUAACCAAGAACAUGCGCUCCCAGUUAUAGGCGCGACAUAUCAUCAGCGCUCGUUUGCCGCCGCUUCUUAGGCUUUAGAUUCGUCUUGUCGUGGAGAGGUCACCGUAUAGUUCCGGCCUGCAGUCGCUCCAUGGGUGCGGAAACUAACUCGUCGUCGUCGGCUUCGGCACUCCGCAACAAGAACUCCAUCUAAAGCUCGACACCGACAGUUAGAUCUCGUGGUUGCCGACCUGGCAAAACGACCGUCUCGAUCGUAGAGCCUAUUCCACCUCCAACGUCGGGCGGUAGGAAAGUGGACGGUCCAUUUUUUGGAAGUUACAAGUGUCGCCUGGAUCUUGAUGAGGAGAUUGUUGUGCAGCCGCAAGAGGAGAUGCACAGUCGGAAGGUUGAAGGGGAGAGGGAAAAAUCUUUCCUUGAAACAAGCCGAGGGCGGAGAAAAUGUAUAAACCCUAACUAAAUAUAUCACGUUAGAUUUCAAAAUAAUUAAAAUCUCCUAAUGCCCUAAAUAUCCUUUAACCACCGACUAACAACUAACAUCCAUAGAUUAACUAAUUUCCUAUAAGCCAAUAGGAGAAGUUUAAGCAACUUCUUAAGGUUUUGGGUUUAAGCACCAGAACCCACGCCGAUGAACGCACCCCACAGCUUGGAUUUUGUCACCUGUCCGGCUUAAAGGCCUAAGUUAUGAAUCUCAACAGCCCAACUUUGCAUCUCCAAGCGACAGCCCAUUCACGUUUUGGGCCCACUUAACAUCCCUUUGCUCAUGUCCAGAGUUGAACAAACGAGCGGAGCCCAUUCUAGCUCGGGCCAUCUCGACCCAGCAAAUACUGAUAGCGGCGAGACCUUUAUAAUCCAACACCACCACCAACUAGGGUUUUUGAUUCGCACAGAAGGCUUCUUGCAUAAUACAAAGAGCUAGCCAGCCGCAUCGUCGUCUUUGCUCGGCAGAAGCUCCUUAUCUCCUCCAACCAUGGCUGUAGGCAAGAACAAGAGGAUUUCCAAGGGGAAGAAGGGAGGCAAGAAGAAGGCAGCGGAUCCCUUCUCCAAGAAGGAUUGGUAUGAUAUCAAGGCUCCUGCAAUGUUCACCCAUAAGAAUGUCGGGAAGACUCUCGUCUCCCGUACUCAGGGUACCAAGAUUGCUUCAGAAGGACUCAAGCACAGAGUGUUCGAGGUUUCCCUUGGUGACCUUCAAAAUGAUGAAGAUCAUGCCUUCAGGAAGAUCAGGUUGAGGGCUGAGGAUGUGCAGGGCAAGAAUGUUCUGACUAACUUCUGGGGAAUGGAUUUCACCACGGACAAGCUGAGGUCUUUGGUCAGGAAAUGGCAAACAUUGAUUGAAUCCCAUGUUGAUGUGAAGACAACUGACAACUACACUUUGAGGUUGUUCUGCAUUGCUUUCACUAAGAGGCGCCCAAAUCAGGUCAAGAGGACCUGCUAUGCCCAAUCUAGCCAGAUCAGACAGAUCCGAAGGAAGAUGAGGGAAAUUAUGAUUGCUCAGGCAGCAUCUUGUGAUCUGAAGGAGUUGGUACAGAAGUUCAUCCCUGAAGCUAUCGGGAAAGAGAUUGAGAAGGCAACCUCAGGAAUCUAUCCUCUGCAGAACGUCUUCAUCAGGAAAGUGAAGAUCUUGAAGGCACCUAAGUUCGAUAUCGGCAAAUUGAUGGAGGUCCAUGGUGAUUACUCUGAAGAUGUUGGUGUGAAGGUAGAAAGACCUGCAGUUGACGAAACAAUGGCUGAAGCUGCACCACCUGCUGAAGCUGCUGCUGCUUAAGGAGAUAGAUUGAAUGAACCUCCUGUAGGGCUUCCCAUUUCCAGUUCUCCCGAGUUGUGUCGGAUUAAUUUUGUUUUCGAACUAUGCUUCUCAGAGUACUUUGUUAGGAAAGAUGCUUUUGGACGCAAAGUUUGUGCUUUUGAUCAAUUUUAAGUGCUUUAUAUACAGUUUUCUCAGUAAUGAAAUCUGUUCCGUAAUCAUUUCUUUAUUUUCUUACCCCCUUAAUUGUUGCUUUGUUUUGCUGGUGCUACGGCAUUCAGUUUCUGCACUCCUGGCCUGGCCUUGGAACUGAAUUUGGUCGGCAACGUGCAGUUCAUCUUCACUGUGCUGUGUGCGUGUUCCAAAGCAUUAACAUUUGAGACUUCUGAGCUAUGAAAAUCACUGCAAACAACGGAUUGAGUCUCAUAACCAUUACUGAUGCUUAAAAUAGUCAGCCAUCAAAGUGAAUCUUUGCACUCAACUGCAAAGGGAGAUGGGACUGGGAUC